UUAGAUUUAGACUACAAUCAAGUUGCCCUUUUCAGGUUUGACGGAAGGAGCGUUUUUGUUCUUUUCUCUUCCCUUUUCCGUCCUUAAUCCGUAAUUUUCAUCGCCUGUGGAUCGCCGGGAACCUUCUCUCGGCCUGGCCGCCGCAAACCAUACGUCAACCGGCGAUCCCUGAUCGUAGCCAAGAUUCACCUUUCAUUUUUCCAGACGGGUCUCUCUGUCUCUACUCUACCGAACCCCUCUCAUGUAAACGGGAAUCACGGAUUUAAGGUUCGGCGCCUCCUCACUGCUAUUGCAUCUGUUUUUGUCACAAGUUUAUACUUUUUUCUUGCAUUUCAUCAUACGUAGACAAAUGUUAAGGGUUACAGUGUCGUAGGCAAAACAUUUAGGGUUAGGGUUUUAGCAACCGGAGUCAAAAUGUUGAACAAAAUCAUAAAGAGGGGACAUCGGAAGGCGUCAAAAUCCAAUGGAGGGGGUUUCCGAAAUGGACCGCAGCAGGUUACCACGUCGAAUGUGGUGGUGAACCAUGCUUCGAGGGGCGCCUUUCCGGCAGAUUCAUCACAGUCGCAUCUUUCUCCGACCCCACCAGCUCGGGUCAUAGGAACUAUCGAAAAUCUUCCUGUCUUCCGGGAUGUGCCAGUGUCAGAGCGCCAGAACUUGUUUCUGAAGAAGCUUCAGAUUUGCUGCUUCCAAUUUGAUUUCACAGAUGCAAUGAAGAUGGUAAGGGAGAAGGAGAUCAAGAGGCAGUCCCUUGUGGAGCUUGUAGAUUUCGUUCAAUCCGGUUCUGGAAAAAUCACCGAGAGCACUCAGGAAGAAAUGGUAAGAAUGAUAUCCAUCAACAUCUUCCGUUGCUUACCGCCCAAUUCGCAUGAGAACACGGGAUCAGAAAAUGUUGACGCUGAAGAGGAAGAGCCUUUUCUAGAGCCCUCAUGGCCACACUUGCAGUUAGUAUAUGAGCUUCUCCUGCGUUACAUUGUCUCAUCAGACACCGAUACAAAGGUGGCCAAACGGUUUAUUGAUCACUCAUUCGUGUUGAAGUUGUUGGAUUUGUUUGACUCUGAGGACCCAAGGGAAAGAGAGUAUUUGAAAACAAUUCUUCACCGGAUAUAUGGGAAGUUCAUGGUACACAGGCCAUUUAUAAGGAAGGCCAUUGGUAACGUCUUUUAUGGAUUUAUAUACGAGACAGAGAGACACAGUGGAAUAGGUGAGCUUCUUGAGAUUCUUGGAAGUAUAAUAAACGGGUUUGCAUUGCCAAUGAAAGAGGAACACAAGUUGUUUCUUGUCCGUGCACUCAUUCCACUCCACAAGCCAAAACCUAUUACAAUGUAUCACCAGCAGCUGUCAUACUGCAUUUUCCAGUUUGUGGAGAAGGAUUACAAGUUGGCUGAUACUGUUAUAAGGGGUCUUCUUAAAUACUGGCCUGUUACUAAUUGCCAAAAAGAGGUUCUAUUUAUUGGGGAGCUUGAAGAGGUUUUGGAAGCCACACAACCUUCAGAGUUUCAGCGUUGCAUGGUUCCUCUUUUUCGACAGAUAGCUCGUUGCCUGAACAGCCCACACUUUCAGGUUGCAGAAAGAGCCCUGUUUUUAUGGAACAAUGAACACAUUGUAAGCUUGAUCGCACAGAACAGGAGUGCCAUUUUGCCUAUUAUUUUUGAGGCUCUGGAAAAGAAUAUACAGUUUCAUUGGAAUCAAGCGGUCCACGGGCUGACUGUCAAUGUAAAGAAGAUGUUCAUGGAGAUGGAUGCUGAUCUGUUUGAGGAGUGCCAAACGCAGUACACAGAGAGAUUGAGCCGGGCCACAGAAAUGGAAGAACAGAGACAGCACAAAUGGCAGAGGUUGGCCGCAGCAGCAGGGGAAAACGGCGAUGGGUAAGGGGUUUGAUUUUUGACAUUGAAGCCCCAUCAUCAUAACCGAUCUCAGUAUGUAUGUAUUUGUUUAUUAUUAACUGUAACAUGUUGCAGUUCAAGAAAGUGGCUUGUGAAAGUAUCGUAGCGCUUUGUCAUAUAUAAAUUUGCUAGCGAGAGAUUAUUUCUGAUAUUGAACGCCUAGCUACUAUAGAUCCCCUUGUUGAAUGGUUUUUGGGUAAAGCAAUUUCAUGUGAUUCUUUUUUUCUUGAACAUUAUGAUUGUUUUCAUCCCUUCUUGGCUCUGCACUGUAAGAACUGUACCCCU